GUUAAAAUGGGCGGGCGGGCUCCGCUAAGGAAAGUUCAAGAGAAUUUGGUACAGUGUUGUUCCCGCUUCGUAUGACUGCGGGCAGGCAGAGAAUACGGACAUGUACCUUUAAGAGAAAAAGAAAGCAGGAAGUCGCUCUGGGGCAACCAGAGGAGCCUCUAGUCUAACUUAUUGGCGUAGAGCUUGCAUGGGGGUUGCUGCUGUCUUGCUGGCUAAGUCCACCUUCCUCCACGGUUGGCAUCUGGUGCACUCGGUGGGGAGUUUAAUCGCGAUCGUUGCUUUCUCUUGAGAGUAAGAAAGCUAAUUUUCCGAUUUCAGCUCAUAGGCAAAUCACCUUCUUUCUGGCCAUGCAAAACACGAUGAACUAUCUCUGGAAAACGGAUGAUGUGCUGGGUCAAGGUGCCACUGCCAGUGUGUAUAAAGCCCGUAACAAGAAAUCUGGAGUACUGGUUGCUGUCAAAGUCUUCAACAAUGCCAGUUACCUGAGACCUCAGGAAGUACAGAUAAGAGAGUUUGAGGUGCUGAAGAAGUUAAACCAUCAGAACAUUGUCAAACUCUUUGCUGUGGAAGAGAUUGAAAGCUGCAAACAGAAGGUGCUGGUGAUGGAAUACUGUUCAGGUGGGAGCCUGCUGAGCCUGUUAGAAGACCCAGAAAAUGCCUUUGGCUUGACAGAAUCGGAGUUCCUCAUAGUGUUGCGCUGUGUAGUGGCUGGCAUGAACCAUCUUCGUGAGAAUGGGGUUGUCCACAGAGAUAUCAAACCAGGAAACAUUAUGCGGCUAAUUGGAGAAGACAGACAAAGUAUCUAUAAACUGACUGAUUUUGGGGCUGCACGAGAACUGGACGAUGAUGAAAAGUUUGAAUCAGUUUAUGGGACAGAAGAAUAUCUUGUAUUCCUGAAUAGGGGUAGCCUGAUCGCGGUAGUCCAUGUGUUGGCAACCCUGAGGCCGGAUCACAUUCAACACACCCUAUGUGGGGCUGCCCCCUUGGGCUUCGCCCAGAAGCUCCAGAUGGUGCAGAAUGCAGAGGCCAGACUGCUGAUGGGGCACCCAGACAUGUAUAAGCGAGCAGUGUUGAAGAAGCCCCAACGGAAGGCUUACGGGGUGGCUGUAGAUCUGUGGAGUAUUGGGGUCACUUUUUACCAUGCAGCCACAGGCAGCCUCCCAUUUAUCCCUUUUGGGGGACCUCGUAGGAACAAGGAAACCAUGUAUAAAAUAACAACUGACAAACCUACUGGAGCUAUAGCAGGCACCCAAGAGCAAGAGAACGGGGCCAUUGUGUGGACCUAUGAGCUACCAAUCACAUGCCAACUUUCUCAUGGACUGAAGAGACAGCUCGUCCCCAUCCUCGCAAACAUUCUAGAAGCUAAUCAAGAGGAGUGUUGGGGCUUUGAUCAGUUUUUUGCUGAAACUAAUGACAUCUUACAUAGGAUGAUAGUCCACAUCUUCUCUUUGCCGCAAGCUACCAUGCAUCAGAUCUACAUCCACUCCUACAACACAGCCACCAUAUUUUUAGAAGAAGUCUUCAGGCAAACAAAUAUAGCCCCCCAUCACCAGGAGUAUUUCUUUGAGGGUCACUCAUAUGAACUGGAGCCUAACUUACAAGCUUCUCAUUUCCCCAAGACCACUGAAACCUGCCCUCUGAUCAUGCUGAGCACAGAACCAGAGGAUCCAGUGAUGCUGAAAUACAGAGAUCCGGCUUUGGAGUUCCCCAAAUUCCUCCCUAAAGUUGAUGUCAUAGCAGAUUGCAGCACAGCAAAGGAUGUCCUUGCUGCAACUCACCAGACAUUAAGGAUAUCUCAGUCAUUUCUGCGGUGUCAAGAGCUCAUUCUCAGAGGCCUGUAUUGGGUGAGUGAGACCCUGAAAGCAAAAUGCCUGCAGAUUCUAGAGAAGAAGCAAGAUACAGUGGCAAUACUUAGUUGUUCUCAGGGAGAGGAGAUGAAGAUCUUGCUGCUAUUUGAGACUGUUGCUGGAGACCUUGAGAUUCCAGAGAUUAAAGGUCUAGCUGAAAUGAAAACAAGACUUCAAGCUGUUGAUGAACAAAUUUCCAAAUGUUCCCAGAGCAUCUCUGAACACCAAUCACUUGUGCAAUGCAUUUUAUCUGAAAUGGGAAAGAAAAUGAGUCAAAUAAAAGAAGUCAGAAGCAUCCAGCUGAUGGAGGCUUGCCUUGACAAGAUGCAGCUUAUCUACAACCAGUUCAAGAAGGCUCGGAAAUGCAGGGGCCUGGGCUACAAUGAACAGCAGAUCCACAAGCUGGAUAAGAUGAAUUUAGGACAUUUAGCCAAAAAAGUCCUUUCAGUUUUCCAGGAUAAGUGUUUACAGCAAUAUCAAGCUUGUCUUUUGGCCCAUGGAACUAGAAUGAGGAAGGUGUUUGAGAUGAGGAAGAAUUUGAAGAAACUGAGCAGAUCUUUAGCUGCCUGUAGUGCAGAGACAUCAGGAUGCCAGGAUUACCUUCAUAAAGCUUUGGAUGUGUUACUUCAGAGAAUCCUCCAAAGCAAAGUGACACCUUCUGCACCUACCCAAGUUUAUUUGAACCAGAAACACCAAGAUGUGGUGUUUGGAAUGCAAGAGCUUCAGGACCAGAUGAAAAUAGUAGCUCAGAAUCUCCAGCUCAACAAUAGCAUCAUCCAGCGGUUAAAUGGUAUUGCGCCAGCCCUUUAGGGGUUGAGAGUAGGCUGGUGAGCCUAGAAUUAUAUUAUAAUGUGGACAAAUGCAUAUCAUUGAAGAUUUGUGGAGAAAACCUCAAUAGUCAGUCUUAAAGAUGCCAACAUAUUCUACCUCCGUGCUCUAGCACUUUGUUGUAGUUUUAAGCCAGCAGCCCAUCUAAUCAGCAUACCUCAGUAGAGAGUCAAUUGUGUCUGAUGUGUUUGUUAUGUUUUGAGAGAGAAAGAAAAUAUAUUGCUUUUUCCAAUGUUUAUCGUUUGCUUACUCUUGUUGAUUUUCUACAAUGGAGCCGGAGAUUCUAUUUCCUUCGUUCGGUGAGAUCUGGCAUUUUGGAGCAUCAUAGCCAGUACCAGUGGAUCUCUGCCUGCUAUACACCUUUAAAAGGCACAUGAGCCUCACCGAAAUAAAUAAAUUAGCAAGCUUAUUCC